GGCCGAGCACCAAGGCAUGGCCAAGAACACGAACAUGCGCUGGCGGCUCCCGCUCGUGUGCCUCCUCUGGGAGGUGGCCAUGAUCGUCCUCUUCGGAGUCUUCGUGCGCUUCGGCGCCGAAGCUGAUGCGCACUGGGAGGAGGAGAAACGAGAGAUGAACCUGACCAGUGACAUAGAGAACGAUUUCUACUUCCGAUACCCCUCUUUCCAGGACGUCCACGUGAUGAUCUUUGUGGGCUUUGGCUUCCUCAUGACAUUCCUCAAGCGCUAUGGAUUCGGAGCUGUGGGUUUCAAUUUCCUCCUUGCUGCCUUUGGGAUCCAGUGGGCUCUCCUGAUGCAAGGCUGGUUCCACUCUUUCAAGGAUGGGAAGAUCCUCAUUGGAGUGGAGAACCUGAUCAAUGCUGAUUUCUGCGUGGGCUCUGUGUGCAUUGCCUUUGGGGCCAUCCUGGGCAAAACCAGCCCCAUACAGCUCCUUGUCAUGACUUUGUUUCAAGUCACACUCUUUUCAGUGAAUGAGUACAUCCUCCUCAACCUUCUUCAUGUAAAGGAUGCAGGUGGCUCCAUGACCAUUCACACCUUCGGAGCCUACUUUGGUCUCACGGUGACUCGGGUCCUGUACAGACCCAACCUGGAGCAGAGCAAGGACAAGCAGGGCUCCGUGUACCACUCCGACCUCUUUGCCAUGAUCGGUACCCUGUACCUGUGGAUGUACUGGCCCAGUUUUAACUCAGCCAUUUCUGAUCACGGAGAUGCCCAGCACCGGUCUGCCAUUAACACGUACUGCUCGCUGGCCGCCUGUGUCCUCACCACCAUGGCCUUCUCCAGCAUGCUGCAAAAGAAGGGCAAGCUUGACAUGGUCCACAUCCAGAAUGCCACGCUGGCCGGCGGCGUGGCCGUGGGCACCAGCGCCGAGAUGAUGCUGACUCCAUACGGCUCCCUCAUUGUCGGGUCCAUCUCUGGCAUCGUGUCCACCGUGGGGUAUGUCUACUUCACGCCUUUUUUGGAGUCUAGGUUGCACAUUCAGGACACAUGUGGCAUCCACAACCUCCAUGCCAUGCCAGGCCUUAUUGGGGGCAUUGUGGGGGCCAUCACAGCAGCUGCAGCCACAGAGGAUGUGUAUGGAAAGGAAGGGUUCAUCAAGGCGUUUGACUUCACCGGCGUGUACCAGGCGCGGACACCCAGUAUCCAGGGAGGGUUCCAGGCGGCCGGCAUUGUGGUGUCUCUGCUGAUGGCAUUUGUUGGGGGGGCCAUCGUGGGUAAGCCGGAGGGGAGCACAGAGAGGGGAGAGUUGAGCCAGCCUGCAGCUGAAGCAGCGGCAUCCGUGCGCUCCUGUCCACGGCCGGAUGCAUCCUUUGGGGGGGACGGCGCCGAGCGCUGCGCCAGGGCUGCGCUUGCCCCUUGGGUAGACCGGCCGCAUCCCGCACGGCCCCUGCCCACCGCCCUGCCCGGCUCCUUGCAGGGGGCAUCCUCAAGCUGCCCAUCUGGGGGGACGCCGCGGCCGAGAACUGCUUCGAGGACGGCGUUUACUGGGAGGUGCCGGAGGACGAGGAGAGCGACGUGUACCACAUGCACAACCCCGACAAGCCCGCCUCGCCCUGAGCCCGCCGCAGGCCCGCCUUCCCCGCCGCAGGACCUCGCCCCGCUCCCGGGGCCGCAGGAUCGCCUUCCCGUGACGACCGGGGCUCUGCCCUACUCUGCCGCUUUUGUAACGAGCUGCUGUGGAUGUAAUAAAGUGGUGUUCUUCUUUCCAGGCCUGCGCCGUGUGUCAGUGGCCGAGCGGGAUGGGAUGCGGGCCAGAGCCGUCUCUUGGCAGCUGCCGGGAGAGCUCUCGGCUGCCCGGGGCAAAGCGGAGGCACCAGGACACUCCUGGGGCCUUGGGAACAAAGUGGAGGCAUAAACGGUGGCAGUACGG